CUCAACUCUCAUAUUCACUAGUAUGUUUCUCGCCGGACUCCUCUUUUUGGAGCCGGUUGCAUCGCAAAACUGUAAUUGUGCGAAAAACAUGUGUUGUAGCCAGUGGGGUUAUUGUGGCACAACCAGUGCUUAUUGUGGAAAAGGUUGUCAAAGUGGCCCAUGUACUAAGCCAGCUCCAACUCCUCCAAGUAAUAAUGCCAACAUUGCUAGUAUAGUCACUGUUUCGUUUUUUAGCGCGAUUGGUGAAGGGUCUGAAAAAAGUUGUCCUGGAAGAGGGUUUUACACAAGAGAUGCAUUUCUUAAAGCGAUCACGGCCUACCCACAAUUUGGUAGAUCUGGUUUGAUUGCGGAUUCAAAACGUGAAAUCGCAGCUUUCUUUGCACAUGUUACUCAUGAGACAGGACACUUCUGUUACAAGGAAGAGAUAGAAUGGGCCCAUUCGAAAACAUAUUGUGACAAAAGCAACAAACAGUAUCCAUGCAACCCUAGGAAACGUUACUACGGCAGAGGCCCAUUUCAACUCACAUGGAACUACAACUACGGUCAAGCCGGAAAGAAGCUCGGGUUUGAUGGGCUCAACGACCCUGAUAUCGUAGCUAGAGACCCAGUGGUUGCAUUCAAGACCGCGUUGUGGUUUUGGAUGAAUAAUAUUCAUUCGGGUUUCGUUGCUGGUAAAGGGUUUGCGUAUUCAAUUAGAAAAAUCAAUGGAGGUGAGUGCAAUGGACAUAUGCCAGCCGCUGUAAGAGCUCGUGUUUCAUACUACACCAGUUAUUGUAAGAAAUUCGGUGUUUCACCGGAGAAGAACCUCAGUUGUUAGCUUCGUUUUACGACU